AUGCCGAAACGUAAAAAGGCAUUGGAUGAAGAAGAGAUUCAAAAAUUGAUGCUCGAAUCUGAUUCUGAGUUGAGCGACUUAUCCAGUGAAGAUGACGGUUGGCCUAAAGAGGUGAAUGAGAAUGAUCGCUCAUACUUCCUUGAAAUCGAAGAAUUAGAUGAGGAAUUAGACCAACCCACUGCAGAUUUUAAAGAAGCCGAAAAAGUUGGAGAAAACAAUGAAAUUUUUACAUGGAAGGACACCGUUGAUAAUAACUUGAUUCCGCCUCCUAUUUCCCACAGUGGUGGAGGACCAUGCCAUGAUUUGCCUAAAGAAUCAAAUCCAUUUGAUUUUUUUAAACUGCUAUUCACUCCCGAUAUGAUGGAGCAAAUCAGGAUAAAUACGAACAAAUAUGCUAAGUUGACACUACAGAAAACUGCAAGAGACAUAAGCUUAGAUAGCAAAGACUUUGAAGAUACAGAUGAGAAUGAUUCCAAAGACUUUCCUCCCAUCACUGACAAGCAGGAGCUAUGGAACUUUAUUGCGUGUCUUUUCGCUAUGAGCAUCAAUAAACUCCCUCGAUUGACAGAUUAUUGGUCAAAAGAUCCUUUAAUGUCAAACGCAUUUAUAAAAUCCACUAUGCAGAGAAAUAGAUUUUUGAAAAUUUUGAGGUGUCUGCAUCUCUCCGACAGAGAAUCAGAAGUACCCGCAAACAACGAAAACUAUCAUAAAAUGCAAAAACUUUAUCCUUUUAUGGCAGACAUUAGAAUGAAUUUUCGAAAAUGCAUGAAUCCUUACAAAGAUGUCUCGGUUGAUGAAGCCCUAAUUAAAUAUAAGGGGAGACUGGGCUUUGUUCAGUAUUUGCCUCUGAAGCCGGGAAAGCGCGGUAUAAAAGUUUGGAUGCUUUGUACAUCUCGUUUCGGCUAUGUUCUAAAUUUUGAAGUCUAUUGUGGAAAGAACGACAAGGUGCCAAGAAGUGGAAAGGGGCUAGGAUAUGACGUCAUACAACAUCUGUGCGAAUGUCUGAAAAAUCCUGGCCACAAUAUUUAUUUUGAUAGAUUUUUCACCAGUGUUCCACUGGUGAAUGAUUUGUUGAAAAAAAACACAUAUUGUUGCGGCACUUUAAAUCUUGCCCGGAAAUCUUUACCACAAAACAUAAAAUCAAUAAAGCUCCCUACAACUGGAAUGUCAAAAUCAUUCCAGUGUGUAGAAUCUCCGAACAUUAUCUGCACUCUUUGGAAAGAUAAAAAGGAGAUUGCUCUUCUUUCUUCAAAUUCACAUUUUGAAGAAAGUGUCACGAAAAGAAGAAUUGGAGGGGACAGACAAGAGGUUAAAUGUCCGAUUACAUUUCUGAAGUACAACUCUAACAUGGGAGGUGUUGAUCUUGCAGAUCAAAACAGAAAGUAUUACAAUACUUCAAGAAAGAGUCGAAAGUGGUGGCAAUAUUUAUUCUGGUUUCUGUUGGACACUGCUGUAAAUAACUCAUUCAUAUUAUACUCAUUAUCCAAUACCGAAGAAAAGAAACACAUGAAAUUGUUGGACUAUAAAAUGUUAUUAAUCAAAACAAUGGCUAAGCCAAUUAAGUUGGCCCCAUCAACCCCCACAAAUUUAGCUCAAAUUGCUGACCACGUAAGAGUAAAAUGGGAAAAAAAAUGCUGUAGACGCUGCGCGAAGCUGAAAGUUAAAACUGUUAGUGGUAAUUUUGUGAAAACUACUUGGAUAUGCCAGGCAUGUCAAGUAAGCCUCUGCAUUGAUUGCUUUGGAAAAUAUCACGAUGAGAUGAAAAACUAG